AUGAACAAGAAUUCACCAUCACCAAGUUCACCAACCCCUGUGAUCCUGGUUUUAGUCACCAAUAAAUAGGGGAAAGUAUUAGAGCAUAGCCAGUUCUUCAGAACCUUUUCAGUUUUUGGGCAAGUCAAAAAGAUUCUUAUAUUCGAAAGAAAGAUCAUUUGGAAGGUGUUCAUCGAGUAUGAGAAUGCUUAGCAGGCCCAAGCUGCUUUAGUUUUAGACGGGACUCUCUUUGAUUACCAACUUAAAAUGAGAGUGCACCUCAGCCAACGUGAUUCUCUGGUGUUUUAGAAUAAUAACAACUGUGGUGUUGAUUAUACUACUCUUUAAUCAAAGCAACAGUUUUUCUAGCAGUUGAAGGAAGACUCAGGCUCUCUCAAUCAACAACUACAGUAGAAUCUUGACAUGCUGAAUAAGCUUAUAGUCCAAGUAAGCUAAACGGCAGAUUUAAAAGAACAAAUGUCCCUAAUCCAACAGAUCUAGGAGUUCCGCAAUCAAACUCAAUAAUUGACCGUUCUUUACCAGCAGCAAUUGCGCAAUUAUGCAUCCGUUUUACAAAGAGAGGGAAAGAAACAAAAAUAAAUCGUUUCCGCCGUUACCACUCCAUCACCUUCCCCCUUUUUACACUCCACUUUGGACUCAAUCAGACAUCAGAUUCCAGAAGAGUCUUCAGAAGACGACAAAGAGGAGUUCUCAGAUGGAGAGAGUAUCUCCUCCCAAUCUUCAGAAAAAUCUUAGAAAUCUACUCAUUCCGAAGACAAUUACAAUGAAGUCUUUUGUAAUGACUCCACAAAUCCUUUUUCUUGUGGUGCCAGUCCUUUUACUCCUUACCCCUAAAAAAGAAUUGGCAGUCCAUUUAUAAUGACUCCAACUACCUUCCCAACCUAUUUGAUGGUCCAGCAUCCCAACAUCAAUCUUCGAGUGGUGUAUAACAUCUUUAGUACAUUCACACGAGUUGAUGCCAUUUAUCAAAGCAAUUACGGAGCUUUUCUUCAAAUCCCUUCCAAAGAAGAAGCUAUUCGAAUGAAAAAUCUACUUGGCAAAGCCAUGCUUUUUGGAAUGCCUAUGAAUCUUGUGGUUUCAGAUCAACUUUCUCAUGACGCUCGCUAAGUUAGUUUGCCUCCCAAUGACAGAAAACCAGUUCUUUAACAAUCACUAUCAAACUCAAUCUUGAUCACCGGACUAUCUGGAGUUACCAUAGAACAAAUAUAUCAAUAUUUCGGGUGUAUCACUCCCAUCUUAAAUAUGAAAUUCAUCAAUCAGAGCUCUUGCAAAAUUCUGUAUUCCGACAUAGGAUGCAGUCUAAGUGUCUUAGGAUAUAUCUAAGAUGCCAAGAUUAAUGGAAGAUCUGUGUAACUUUCAUUCACAGCUUUCUGAUUAAUGAAUU